GCUUUUAGAUAUUUGUACGUACGCUGUAAAGUUUUACCUUGCACUUUCGAUUGGAAUUAUCGGGCAACCUUUGGAUGAUUUGCUGGCAUCGAUCGUAAUGCUCGAUUUGUAUUUUCGAAAUGUCCGUGUUAUCGUGUUUCGUGUCGUUGCUAAAUUAAACAAUGAUCGUAUACUUUUAAUUACGAUCAUUAAUGACAAACGCAUGCAUCGGCAAGUGCUAUCAGGCUGCGGUGGUGGCAGCAGCUGACUACAAUUUGAUAUCUCGGCCUGGUCGACAUACUGCCUUCACAGUAUCAAAUACUACGCGAGAUCGUCCUCAAAUACAAGAUUAAACGUUCCUCGUACCGUCUGGUGUUUUCUACGAUAUUUCAUAACACAAUUUUUUACCAAUUAAAAACGCCUCCCCGUGGUUGAGAGGUGAACAAACAUGGAAACGUAUCGCCGCAUACUGGAGUUUAAUGUAUGAUGAAGAGGAUACGAGAGGUGAAUCGAGGGUGAAGAAGAUCGUACGAGCAAGUAGAAUGGUUCGUUGUUGAAUGCAAAACUCGGCAACAGACACGUUUUAAGUUGUUCCGGCCGAAAACAAACAUAUGCGACGGCGGUGAUUCUUCUCCAAGUUUGAAAAAUUAAUCGAGAGCCCUCUUUUUCCGUAGAAUCUCUUACAGUCGGUUCUAUUUGUUUGAAAAGUAAUUUUACGAGAAUGAGCCAUGAUAAUAUAGAGAUAAAGACGUGUAUAAACAAUUUACCAAAAAUUCGGCAUAGAAAAGCAGAAAAAAAAUUUUACGGGCGUAAAAUGGUGGAAUUAGGCAACAAUAAAUCGCCCGGACCGACUAUUACCGAUGCAUCCGUGGACUCGGAAAUGGAAUCCGAGGAAGAAACGGAAAGCGACGAGGAUGCGCGGCGACUUAUACCAUCGCCGAUCAUUCGUCAAUCGAUUAACAACGACACAAAGAAAUCCGUUACCCGAAAGAAUCAAAGCAUACAGAUAGAAGAUGAAAACGUUUGGUCCAUAUCUAUACAAACGUUUGUACCUUUUCUGUUGGCUGGUUUCGGUAUGGUGACUGCCAGUUUGUUAUUGGAUGUUGUACAGCAUUGGGUAAUAUUUCAAGAGGUGCCAGAGGUAUAUAUAUUAGUGCCAGCAUUACUUGGUUUAAAAGGUAAUUUAGAAAUGACGUUAGCCUCGAGGCUUUCGACUCACAUGAAUCUUGGACACAUGGAUACAAAGAAGCAACGAUGGACUUUAAUCGUUGGGAAUCUAGCUUUGAUACAAUGUCAAGCUACCGUAGUAGGCCUAUUGGCUUCCAUAGCUGCUGUCAUACUCGGUUGGAUUCCAGAAGCACGGUUUGAUAUUCACCAUGCGUUUUUAUUGUGCUCCAGUGCCUUAGUGACUGCAUUCGUAGCCAGUUUUGUAUUAGGUUUAGUGAUGGUGACUGUUAUACUGUUUUCCAAGUGGAUGAAGAUCAAUCCAGAUAAUGUAGCUACACCAAUUGCAGCUUCUCUUGGAGAUUUAACCACUUUGGCGCUUCUUUCAGGGAUUGCAUCUGUUCUCUAUGGUGUUAUAGAUUAUGCCCCAUGGAUAGCUCCGACCUGUAUUGUGUUUCAUAUCAUUACUACUCCCGUUUGGGUUUACAUAGCAUCCAGAAAUCCGUUUACAAAGGAAAUAUUGAAUUACGGCUGGACGCCUGUGAUAUGCGCAAUGUUGAUAAGCAGCGUGGGGGGUUUGAUACUAGACUUUACGGUAUCGAAUUACAAAGGCAUAGCAGUAUUUCAAUUAGUGAUAAACGGUGUUGGUGGCAACUUGGUCGCCGUUCAAGCCAGUAGAAUGACAACAUCGUUACACAAAGAACGACGGUCCGGUAUUCAAGAAAUACCCGUCGUUCGUUUCAGUCCAUUCUACGUAUUUUUUGCUACAGGUGGGCACGCAAGGACUGCGAGAGUUUUAUUAGCAAUGGUGAUACCCGGGCAUCUAAUAUUUGGUUAUACUAUUAGUUACCUUCAAGCAGGACACACUUCUUUUACUCCCAUAUUUAUUGCCGUGUAUUUGACCGCCGCUUUACUGCAGGUGAUUUUGUUAUUGUACAUCGCUCAAUUGAUGGUCGUUUGGAUGUGGAGAAGAGGAAUGGAUCCAGACAGUUCUGCGAUACCAUAUUUAACGGCAUUCGGCGAUCUUAUAGGAACGGCGUUACUAGGAAUCGCGUUCCACAUACUUUACGCCAUCGGCAACAAAGAUUCAGACGUGGGAGACUGAAUACUCAUGGAUCGUUACUUUGAUUGUUACUAAAUAAUCUGCACGGGGGGAAAAAACAACCGCAACGAUGUUCACGAACAUUCUUUUUUCUUUUAACGUUCAUUAAAAUUCAGAACAUUUUCUAGCUUGUAGUAGUAUCUUUCGUUCGAAACUUUAUUCAUCAAAAGUAUGACUGUAUAUGCGUUCGCGUUUUUCGACAUUUGUAACAAUUUCUUUUAAAAUUCGUUCACCCGUUACUUCGAUCCUAUAUUAUUUUCCUUUCUUUUGGUCCCGCGUUUACUAUCCUUUCAUCACGGUUAAAAUAAAAAUGUAUCGCAUAAAACCCUACGCAAAACGAGAAUUAUGCACAGAAUUCGGUCGGACCCAAUCGUGUUCCGUCUUUUGCACACAGCUUAGUCUAUGUAUGUAAAUAGAUACAUACGUACCCGCGUACACGGUGAUGUAAAAAUAUAUGUAUGACACGCGUGUAUGCCGUUUCUCUAGCGUAUGCGUUGUAUGUACGAGUAAAGUGGGAUAAAAUUGCAGGUGCAGCGUACUUGAGGCUCAACGAAAUCAAAUAUUUUCUGUUACCAAACACUGUACUUAUCGGUCGAAAUAAAUUCGACUCGUAAUA